AUGACUGAAAAUGGCGAGGUGCAACAGAUAGCCCUCUCGGCAGACAUGACAUCUUCCAGGAGUGGCACAUUUUACUUUGCAUUCGGCUCGAACUUGUCACCCACGCAAAUGUCCUUACGUCUGACAAGUGGCACGCGAUCAAGCAAGCCCGUUGCAAUAGCACGAUUGGAUGGAUAUGUAUGGAUAAUAUGCUCGCGAGGCUACGCGAACGUUGUGGCACUGCCUGCUUCAAAUCAAGCAAAAUACGAGAAUACAGUAUGGGGCGUCGUGUACAAUCUGUCGGCUGAGGAUGAGGCACGAUUGGACGUGUAUGAAGGCCACGAUAAUAUCCGAAAUCCACAGCCUCAGAUCAAUCCAGAGCCUUCAAAACAGCAGGAGGUACCUUACCUGCAGGGUGACUGGGAUUACAACAAACACUACCUACCUGUAACGGUCACAAAGUGGCUGCACAGUCCGAAGGAGUAUGGCAUUGAGGUUCAGAAUUGGUUGGAUGACCAUACUCAGCCUGUAUCGGUUCGUGCUCUAGUAUAUGUCGACGAAAUAAGGACUCAGCCCGGUAAGGUCAAUCAGGAGUACAUUGGCAGAAUGAACCGUGCGAUCAGAGAAAGUGUUCAGCUUGGCAUACCUCAAUCCUGGAUUGAUGCGGUUAUGCGAAACUAUAUUCCAGCUGGUAUUGAAGUCGACCAUGAUGGCUAUGGUUAUGUAGAGGCGGAGGCAACUGAGACUGCAUCCGAUCUGAAGGAGAGAGUGCUUCGGGAGAUGCAACAGAAGCAAUCCCAUGGAACUUCGCAAUGA